CUGCUCAGCACCCAGUGAGCUGCACAGCCUCCACCCCCAGCCAAACACCCCCUGUUCCCUGCACUGACCUUGCUCAACAUUCUGCAGAGGGGACCAUGCAUCCAGCAGUGCCCAAUCUCCACUCACAGCACUCCUGAACCCUCAUUACCCACCUGGGCACUGAUCACUACUUGCAUUUAGCUGCUCUGCUCCACCCAGACACCAGGCUCACUGCCCCCCUCACUGGGCUCCUCACUGGGACCUGGACAGAAUGACUGGUGUGUUUGACAGCUUGGUGUCAGACAUGCAUUCAAACCAAAUGACCUCCAGCAGCUAUCACAGUCUGCACAAGUCACAGGAGUCUCCAACUCUGCCAGUGUCCACAGCCACAGACAGCAGCUAUUACACCAACCAACAGCAGCAGCAGCACUGUGGAGGGGGGUCCCCCUAUGGACAGCUAGCUGGAUCGUACCAGUUCCAUGCCAGUGGCAUCAAUGGGAUCUCUUACUCUGCCAAGUCCUAUGACCUGUCCUAUAAUGGCUCUUACAGCACCUAUGGACCAUAUGGAACUAGCCCAUCCCCUACACACAAUGACCCAGGUAAGCAUGUGAUGUGCCCUGGAUGGUGGGUUAGGGUGCCUGCUCUACCAUCCUGUUAUUACUGAUUAGUGAAACUGUAAAACACCAGGUUAAUGGGAGCAUCUGUCAUUUCCAAGUAAUGGCUGAACCUGCCUGGCAGAUCUAACAGAUUCUCUGUGAUAGCAUUAAUUAUGCAUCAGGUCAGACUUCUAAUGCUAAGAGAUGGGUGAAAAUCAGGUUAACUAAUGUGAUAUUUUUCCACAUUUUUUAAAUUCAUGUUAAUGUCAUAUUUGACAUGGAAUAAAUAUGCAUGAUGUUGUAUAAACCCUAUUGUACUUGUGUGAGUUUCUCAAUAUAAUUGUAAAGUUUGCAUGAUGUUCUGCAUACUGUGCUAUGGAUGUAAUUAAUGAAUAAUAAUAAUAAUAAUAAUAAUAAUAAUAAUAAUAAUAAUAAUAAUAAUAAGUGAUUUAUUUCUGAUCAAUCUGUGUCUGUGUUAUAGAGAAGGAGGAAUGUGAGCCUGAAGUCAGGAUGGUGAACGGAAAGCCAAAGAAAGUCAGGAAACCCAGGACAAUCUAUUCCAGUUUCCAGCUGGCUGCCUUGCAAAGACGGUUCCAAAAAACCCAGUACCUGGCACUGCCCGAGAGAGCUGAGCUGGCUGCCUCCCUCGGCCUGACCCAGACACAGGUGAGACUCAGCCCCUCCACAGGCCCAGCUACAGAGCAGUUCAUUAGAAGGUGACAGGGGUGGGUAAUGCUAGUUUAGAAUGUUGUGUAUACGGUGUUUAUACAUGUUUCCCCUAUUCUUGGAUUGUUACAUUUCAGAUAAAAAUGCUUAGACUAGUGUGUAAAUAAUAUAAUAUAAUAAUAUAGUUUUAAAGUGCUUCUACGUCUAGGUAAAAAAAAAAAAAAUACUGAAAUGCUGAAGAAUCUUUGGAGUUUUUUAUUUUAUUUGUUUUUUAUUUUUAAAUUGAUCUCAUAGUAAAUAUAAACACUUCUAAACUCUUUUAUUUGUGAUUUAUAAUGAAAAAGUGAGCUUGUUUUGCUUUGCUUUGUUUUUGAUACAUAUUGUUUCUGAUUUUUAAUUUAAUUUUUAUUUUUUAUUUGUUGUUUUGUUUUGUUUUGUUUUUUUGUUUUUGUGGGGUUUUUUUUCCUUAACGUCCUACUACACUUUUAUAACACAGAAUGUAAAUAUUUAAAUAUAAGAUUUUAAUAAUUAAAAUACAACGACGUGUCAUGCCAGCAUUUAUGUCAAUAAGUCGAUAUUUUAAAUUAUUUUACGUAAUCACAAUAAUAAUUAAUGUGUAAUUUCCAAAGACUUAGAUUGCAUGUAAUCCCUCUGUCAUCUUUUUAAAUUUAUUUUUUAUUAACUUUUGGUUUUUUUUUAUGUUUUUUCCCCUCUGCAUUAGGUGAAAAUCUGGUUUCAGAACCGCAGGUCCAAGUUUAAGAAGAUGUGGAAAAGUGGGGAGAUCCCCUCUGAUGGGAGGCCAGCAGUCAGUGACUCCCCACCAUGCAGCUCCCCCCCUUCCUCUGCAGUGACCUGGGACUUUGCAACACACCAAAGGCUGCAGGGGACAGGCUCUGCUCUCCAGCCCCCCAGCUCUGGGUCUAGCCCCAGCCCAUUCCUGGGAAACUAUUCCUGGUACCAACCUUCCAACCCCAGCUCCCACCUCCAGUCUAACCCUCUGCUACAUCAACAGCAACAUCACCUUCAUCACCAUCACAACACUGCAGCUAUCACUGCAGGGACUAUUUUCUAAACACCCCCUUUUCAAAUGCCAAGUUAUGGGAUGUAAUGGACCAACAAGCAACAGGCUGGACACGUAAAAACCUGUAAGUGGGAGAAAGAAUUAAGGGGGAGAUCUUUCUGUGUCAGUAAUCAGGGGGGCGAUACAAGCUCAGGUUCACAAGUCAGACUGGUGAUCUGAUUAAUCAUUUUAUUUACUCCAGCAUAAGGCACUGAGAAAAAGCAAGGACUCUGUGUGCAAACAAUUGGCAUCCGACCAAUAUUGUUUAUUUUAUUUUUAUUUUUUUUAUUAUUAUUUUAUAUCUGAAAUGCUCCUCUGGCACCAUAGAUUGGCUCAACAGAUUGUCUAAAUUAUUAUUAUAUUUUUUGGGGGGGGGGGGCGGGUUGUAAUUUACGUAUUGAAUAAUAAUAAUCCGGAUAAUUAAUUUUACACCAAUUGGUUUAUAAUUUAAAAACACGGUUUAUAAUUUAUAAAAAAAAAUGUAUGGAGCUAGGAAUUCCAAUUAAAAAAAAAAAAUCUUUCAAAUGUUCAUCCUGUUUUUUUCCCCCCUUUGAUAUAGAUCAGCUAUUGUAAUACCGUGUAAUUCCGUGUAAUUCUAUUAUUUUAUGAUUAUUAUUUUAGUCCCCUACUACUAUUAAUUUCGUUUUUACGAUCUUCACUUAAAAAAAAAAAAAAUUAAAAUGCCAAGAUCCUAUGUUAUGGAAAAUUAUUUUUAAAACAUGCAAAAGAAACCACAAAUCUACCUUGCAAAAUGGGAGUGAUUGUCUUUAAAUUGUAAUUUAUUGAUCGCAUUAUUUAACUGUAAUAAGUCAGGUUGCCGAUGUAAUUAUUGUUUUCUUGUGAUCAUCAAAUCACCAGUGUGGAGUAACUUCAGAGCUGCCAGUGAGAGAGAGAGAAUGGGAUUUACUAUCCAAACUGUUUUUAGUGCUCUCUCUGGCACUCAAACGGUUAACUAAUUUAGGUGCCUUUUUGGAUGACCUCAUUUUUUAUGUUAAAAGAUGAUUUUUUUUAAUAUGUGUACAUAUAUGUAGAUAAAAUUGAACCCGUGUUUAAAUUAUCUUUUUUAAUAAAAAAUUAAAAAAAAUAAUCGUAAAACAAGCUCUCAGUCCUGCUUUGUAUCAAAUGGUCGCAAAUCUCUCUGUUUACAUGUUUGUUUGUUUUUGGGAGGGGAGGGGCAUUAUUAUUUUAUUUUUUUAUCUGA